AUGGGUGAUUUUGGCCCCUCGGUGUCCGACGAGCGAGAACAGCUCCGCGAUAGCCUCGUUGUGAUCAAGGAGUCCGUUCAGGACAUCCAUGUGCUAGUUACUGGCUUUGGUCCCUUCAAAUCUAACCCUCUAAACCCCUCCUAUCUAAUCACCUCCGCCCUUCCAAAAAUAAUCACUCUCCCACAAACCACCCCCACCUCCCCUCCGCGCCGUAUCCUCAUCCACACUCACCCCGCCCCAAUCCGUGUCUCCUACUCCGCCGUCCGUUCCGCCAUCCCCGCCAUAAUAGAUGCCUUCAAGAACGACCAUGACGGCCGCCCACCGGACUUCGUCAUCCACAUCGGUAUGGCGUCCACGCGGGACUAUUACGCCGUGGAAACCCUGGCCCGCCGCGACGGGUACAACUACACAGACGUAGAGGGGCGCCUGGGCUUCGAGGAUGGUGAGGCUGUCUGGAAAGCGGCGGGUUUGCCGGAGGUGCUUAGGCCGGGUCCACGCACUAUGCCUGGUGAUGCUGAUGGUGAUGAUGAGGAGACCAGGGGCGGCGAGGCGGUGGGUGAGGGUGAUGGAAGUGCUGCUACGCAGAGAAAGUCGUCUACCACGGUCUACACCACCAGGGGGAUAUCAGCUACUGUCGUUACUGACACUACCAUCACAAUACCCGCCGCCAACGCCAACGCCAACGCCAUGACAACCACAACCACCACGACAACGACGACAACGACUUCCCCCCCUCCAUCAUCAUCAUCAUCAUCACCGUCACCAGCACCAGACCAGCCCACCAAACAACCACAAACCGAAGCCCCAGCAGCCACAACCCCCCCCCUUAGCACAAUCACAACAACCAUAACCACCACCGCCUCCCACACGCCCACCUCCCCCUCCCCGCCAGACGCCCGCUUCCUCAACGCCUGGAAAUCCUUCGCCCCGCGCGGAGCUGACGUGCGCCUCUCCGACGAUGCCGGCCGCUAUCUAUGCGAGUUCAUCUACUAUACCAGCCUGGCGCAUGCGUACAAGGAACGGCGCAAUCGGAGCGUCGUGUUCCUGCAUGUGCCUGGACGGACGGACGAGGAGGGCAUCCAUCUAGGGAGGGACGUUGCGGUGGGGCUGGUGAGGUGUUUGGUGGCUUGCUGGGUUGUUUGA